GUUUCAGAAGGAGACAAACAACAAAAUGAACAAUCCAGCUAUUAAGAGAAUAACUAAUGAAAUUAUCAAAUCACCUGAGGAUAAACGGGAAUAUCGUGGGCUGGAGCUGGCAAAUGGCAUUAAAGCUCUUCUCAUUAGUGACCCCACCACAGAUAAGUCUUCAGCAGCACUUGAUGUGCACAUAGGAUCCUUGUCUGAUCCCCCCAACAUUGCUGGGCUUAGUCAUUUCUGUGAGCAUAUGUUGUUCCUGGGAACCAAGAAGUACCCAAAAGAGAAUGAGUAUAGCCAGUUCCUCAGUGAGCACGCUGGGAGCUCAAAUGCUUUCACCAGUGGGGAACAUACCAACUACUACUUUGAUGUGUCACAUGAGCACCUAGAAGGUGCACUAGACAGAUUUGCCCAAUUUUUCCUGUGCCCUCUGUUUGAUGAAAGCUGCAAAGACAGGGAAGUGAAUGCUGUUGAUUCUGAGCAUGAGAAGAAUCUGAUGAAUGAUGCCUGGAGGUUAUUUCAAUUGGAGAAGGCUACUGGAAACCCCAAUCAUCCCUUCAGUAAAUUUGGAACAGGGAACAAACUCACUCUAGAAACUAGACCAACCAAAGAAGGAAUAGAUGUAAGGCAAGAGCUGUUGAAGUUCCAUUCUACUUAUUAUUCAUCAAAUUUAAUGGCUAUUUGUGUCUUAGGAAGAGAAUCCUUAGAUGAGCUGACUUGCUUAGUGGUAAAGUUAUUUUCAGAAGUGGAGAAUAAAAAUGUUCCUAUACCAGAGUUUCCUGAACAUCCUUUCCAAGAAGAACAUCUCCGGCAACUUUACAAAGUGGUACCCAUUAAGGAUAUUAGAAAUCUUUAUGUCACAUUUCCCAUCCCAGACCUUCAGAAGUACUAUAAAUCAAACCCUGGCCAUUACCUUGGUCAUCUGAUUGGGCAUGAAGGCCCAGGAAGUCUUCUAUCAGAGCUUAAAGCCAAAGGAUGGGUAAACACUCUUGUUGGAGGCCAGAAGGAAGGUGCUAGAGGUUUCAUGUUUUUCAUCAUUAAUGUGGACUUGACAGAGGAAGGACUUUUGCAUGUUGAAGAUAUUAUUUUGCACAUGUUUCAAUAUAUUCAAAAGCUACGUACAGAAGGACCUCAGGAAUGGGUUUUCCAAGAGUGCAAGGAUCUCAAUGCUGUGGCAUUCAGAUUUAAAGAUAAAGAGCGACCACGAGGUUACACAUCAAAGCUUGGAGGAAUGCUGCAUUAUUAUCCUAUAGAAGAAGUAUUGGCUGCUGAGUAUUUGCUUGAAGAAUUCAGGCCUGAUUUAAUAGAGAUGGUUCUGGAUAAAUUGAGACCAGAAAAUGUUCGAGUUGCAAUAGUUUCCAAGUCUUUUGAAGGGAAAACUGAUCGGACAGAAGACUGGUAUGGAACACAGUACAAGCAAGAAGCCAUUUCUGAUGAAGUUAUUAAGAAAUGGCAAAAUGCUGACCUGAAUGGGAAAUUCAAGCUUCCAAUGAAGAAUGAGUUCAUUCCUACAAACUUCGAGAUCUUGCCAUUGGAAAAAGAUGCGACACAGUACCCUGCACUUGUCAAGGACACUGCUAUGAGCAAACUGUGGUUCAAGCAAGAUGACAAAUUCUUUUUGCCAAAAGCUUGUCUCAACUUUGAAUUUUUCAGUCGCUACAUUUAUGCUGAUCCUCUCCAUUGCAACAUGACAUACCUGUUUAUCAGGUUAUUGAAGGAUGAUUUAAAAGAGUAUACAUAUGCAGCACGCCUCUCAGGUUUGAGCUAUGGCAUUGCAUCAGGAAUGAAUGCAAUACUUCUCUCUGUAAAAGGGUAUAAUGACAAGCAACAUAUCUUGCUCAAGAAGAUCAUUGAGAAAAUGGCUACUUUUGAGAUUGAUGAAAAACGAUUUGAGAUUAUCAAGGAAGCGUACAUGAGAUCACUUAACAACUUCAGGGCUGAACAGCCUCACCAACAUGCCAUGUAUUAUCUCCGACUCCUGAUGACAGAAGUUGCUUGGACCAAAGAUGAAUUAAAAGAAGCUCUGGAUGAUGUGACCCUUCCCAGGCUCAAGGCCUUUAUAGCACAGCUGUUGUCACGGUUACACAUUGAAGCUCUUCUCCAUGGCAAUAUAACAAAACAGGCAGCAUUAGGAAUUAUGCAGAUGGUUGAGGACACUCUGAUUGAGCAUGCUCACACAAAGCCACUUCUUCCCAGUCAGCUGGUGAGAUACAGAGAAGUGCAACUUCCUGACAGAGGUUGGUUUGUAUAUCAACAGAGAAAUGAAGUCCAUAACAAUUGUGGCAUUGAAAUAUAUUACCAGACAGACAUGCAGAGCACUUCUGAGAACAUGUUUUUGGAGCUCUUUUGUCAGAUUAUCUCCGAGCCUUGCUUCAACACUCUGCGCACCAAGGAGCAGUUAGGAUACAUCGUGUUCAGUGGCCCACGGAGGGCGAAUGGCAUACAGGGACUGCGAUUUAUCAUCCAGUCUGAAAAGCCACCACACUAUUUAGAAAGCAGAGUUGAAGCAUUCUUAAAAACUAUGGAGAAAUGCAUAGAAGACAUGACGGAAGAGGCCUUCCAGAAACACAUCCAAGCUUUAGCAAUUCGUCGUCUAGACAAACCAAAGAAGCUGUCAGCAGAAUGUGCUAAGUACUGGGGAGAAAUCAUUUCCCAGCAGUAUAACUUUGACAGAGAUAACAUUGAAGUGGCUUAUCUAAAGACCCUGACCAAGGAUGAUAUUAUACAGUUCUACAAGGUGCUGUUGGCAAUAGAUGCUCCCAGAAGACACAAGGUGUCAGUACAUGUCCUUGCAAGGGAAAUGGAUUCCUGCCCUGUUGUUGGAGAAUUUCCAUGCCAAAAUGAUGUGAACCUGGCACCUGCACCACCACUACCACAGCCAAGUGUGAUUGAGAACAUGACAGAGUUUAAGCGCCGUCUCCCGUUCUUCCCACUGGUGAAACCACAUAUCAAUUUCAUGGCUGCAAAACUGUGAAGAACCCCAAUGGAUGAAGAAAUGCAGAUGAUGGCAUGGUUUCGGGGGACUUCAUGAUGAACAGAAUUAUUAAAGAUCAUUAGGAUAAAUGGUUCUGUUCAUUAUGAAAGUCCUGAGCUGCUCCUCGGUUCAUUCGACAUUAGCUGUGU